GUUGGCGCCAAAAAUAUCAAUACAUUCAAACAAAGAAAAAGCAGACACACGCAACCGUGUACUUUUAAAUUUUAAAUUCCAUUUUUUUUAUUUAUAACCUUUUAAUAAGUUUUUUUUCAAAAAUGUUGAUCAGAGAUUAUGAAAAAGAUAAAGAAAUUAUUCGUAAAGUGAUUCUUGGCCCCAACUAUACAGACAAAUUAAUCAAGAUCGCUGAUCGAGAAGAAAUUAUUUUGUCUAUCGAUUUGGAUGAUGUUGAAAAAGCUGAUCCAGAUUUUUGUACUGCUAUCGUUAGCAAUACGAAACGAUAUUUACAAUUAUUUUGUCAAGUUAUUGAUGAAGUUUUGCCAGAUUUCCGUGUGCGAGAAACUGUUUCCAAAGAUAAAUUGGAUGUAUUUAUUGAACAUCGUAUUCUAGCCGAGAUGCGUAAUCGUCAAGAAGAAAAUCAAGCUGAUUCAACUGCACAGAACAUUACCACUAAAUAUCCACCAGAAUUAAUGCGUCGAUAUGAGCUUUAUUUCAAACCACCAACAACACAGAAACCGAUUCCUGUUCGCCAGGUACGAGGCAAAGAUAUCGGUAAAUUGGUUUCAAUAACUGGUGUUGUUACUCGUUGUGCCGAAGUGAAACCAUUGAUGGUAGUUGCUACCUAUACUUGCGAUUCAUGUGGCUCGGAAACUUAUCAACCAAUCGGUUCACAAUCAUUCAUGCCUUUGGAACGUUGCACUAGCCAAGAAUGUAAAUCCAAUAAAACCUCCGGCCGAUUAAGUCUUCAAUCUCGUGGUUCGAAAUUUGUUAAAUUUCAGGAAAUACGCGUUCAAGAACAUAGCCGCGAUGUCCCUGUCGGUAAUAUACCUCGUAGUAUUAGCUGCAUUUGUCGUGGUGAAAUGACUCGACAAUGUGCACCUGGUGAUCACGUGAAUAUAUCCGGCGUAUUCUUACCAAUUAAUCGAACUGGAUUUCGACAAAUGGUCGCUGGUUUGCUAGCUGAUACAUACAUCGAAACGCAUUGUAUUUCAGUCACGAAUAAAACAUUGGAAGAAGAGGAAUACGAUAUGACUGAUGAAGAAUUUAUCCGAAUGAUUGAAAAUGAAAACAUCAAUAUCAAUCGAUUGGCAAGCAGCAUUGCUCCGGAAAUUUAUGGCCAUUUGGAUCUCAAAAAAGCUUUACUUCUAUUAUUAGUCGGUGGUGUAGAUCAGAACAGUGCAGGUAUGAAAAUUCGUGGAGCUAUCAACAUUUGUUUGAUGGGUGAUCCUGGUGUCGCAAAAUCUCAAUUGCUUGGAUUUAUUGAUCGAGUUGCCACGCGAAGUGUUUAUACCAAUGGGAGAGGUUCCUCGGGUGUUGGUUUGACUGCAGCUGUCAUAAAGGAUACAAUAACAGGAGAAUUUGUCCUUGAAGGUGGUGCCUUGGUAUUAGCCGACCAGGGCAUUUGUUGUAUUGAUGAAUUUGAUAAAAUGCUUGAAGGAGAUCGUACAGCCAUACACGAAGUCAUGGAACAGCAAACAAUUUCGAUUGCUAAAGCUGGUAUUAUGACCACCUUGAAUGCUAGAGUAUCUAUUUUGGCUGCUGCCAAUCCAGUAUAUGGGCGUUAUAAUACUAAAAAAUCAAUUGAACAUAAUAUUCAACUUCCAGCAGCUUUAUUGUCUCGUUUCGAUCUUUUAUGGCUGAUUACUGAUCAACCGAACAAAGAUAAUGAUUUUAAAUUGGCCCAGCAUAUUGCUUAUGUGCAUCAAAAUUGUGCGGAGCCAAAACUUCAAUUUGAACCAUUAUCAAUCAAAGUCAUGCGUCGAUUUAUUCAGAUUGCUCGUCGUCAUAAUCCAGUGAUACCUCCACAUCUAACUGAAGAUAUUGUUGCUGCAUACAUUAAUAUGCGAAAUGAUGCCCGAAAUAAUCAGAAUAUGACUUUUACUUCGCCUCGAACAUUAUUGGCCAUUUUACGUCUAUCGACUGCUUUGGCAAGGAUUCGACUUGCAGAUACCGUUGAUCGCGUCGAUAUUUGUGAAGCUAUGCGAUUGAUUGCCGCAUCCAAAGCUUCAAUACAACCUAACCAGGAAGAUAAACCCACUGUAUCGAAAAAUACUAAAAUCUAUCAAAUCAUUCAUGAUAUGGCUGAAGAUCGUGUUGUAAAUAUGGCCGAUGCCAUUGAACGUUGUACGAUUCUUGGAUAUACUAAUGAUGAUAUCGAAGAAGCCAUCGAAGAAUUUGAAAACAACAACAUGUGGAGUGUUAGCAAAGACGGUUCUCGUAUUCUUUUUGUCUAACCUUUAAUGAUUUAAAAUUUGUAUUUUAAUUUUUUACUCGAUAAAAAUAAAUGGAUUUCAAUUAUUGAAAA